UUGAAUUGCACUUGGGUGUUCUAGCCAGCAGCACACCUUAAAAAAGUUCCCGGCUCCUUCCUUGAAUUUCACUGAAGCCAUAAAGCCGAACACAUUUACUACAAUUUUUUAUUUUAUUUUCACAAAUCAAGAAAAACCAUUUCCAAUUCCUUCCGUUACUCUGUGCUUCAAUGGCGUCGAACCACGAGAUGGAUCAAGACGACGACGGAGGAGCAACCGACCUCAGCACCAGCGACGCCGAAACCACCACCACCAACCUCAAUGGAGUCCCCAAACAGCACAACGCGUUUGAAGAAGAAACAACGGGGUUUCAAGUCUUGCCGCUGAAAAAGGAGGAGCCAACAUAUUCGGACCCGAACAUGGGGAUUACUCCCGUCGCGAUGCAGGUUCCGGUCAAACCGGCAAAGCGCUCCUCCACGAAGGACCGCCACACGAAAGUGGAAGGGCGCGGCCGCAGGAUCCGAAUACCCGCCACCUGCGCCGCCCGGAUCUUCCAGCUGACCCGAGAGCUCGGCCACAAGUCCGACGGCGAGACCGUCCGGUGGCUCCUGGAGCACGCCGAGCCGGCCAUCAUCGAGGCCACCGGCACCGGUACAGUUCCGGCCAUCGCGGUCUCCGUUGGCGGCACGCUCAAAAUCCCAACCACCUCAUCGAACGAGAAAGAAGCCGUCGCCGACGCCUCAAACAAGAAGCGGAAACGCCCCUCAAACAGCGAGUUCGUGGACAUAAACAUAAACGACAGCGUUUCGCAGUCGUCCGGUCUGGCCCCGGUUCAUGUGGCGCAUGGCCUGGUCCCGGUCUGGGCCGUGACUAACCCCAGCAUGGUGGUCCCCGCUAACGCCUUCUGGAUGACACCCAACCCCCCCAUGGGACCCGCAAACCAGCAGCAUCAGUUAUGGGCCUUAUCUCCCUCCGUCUUCAACGUCGCGGCCAGGCCCAUAUCGCCUCUGGUCACAACAAAUAUUCCAGAAGCAUGGCCCAUUAUGACGGCGUGCAGUAACGACUCCAACUCCGCCGUUAGCACGAGCACGGUGGGGGCUAAGGUGGCAACGGAGUCCAGCAUGGCACCCAGUGUUAGUUCUAGUGGGACCAAGAGUGCCAGGACUCGGCUAUUAAGGGAUUUUUCGCUCCAAAUUUACGAUAAGCAAGAGUUGCAGUUCUUGGGCCGCUCUGGGACUCACGCGCAGAGUUAGCUGCUAGCAACUUUUUUAUUUAUUUUAUGUCCAGUUGAAUAAAUGUGACCAUGUGCAAAUAAACGAGAAAUGUCUGUGCUGUUUUUGCGACUUGUGAGAGAUAUGAAAGAUGUCAUGUGUGAUAAUAUCAUUUGGAAAUGGGAAAUGAAAUAGUAUCAGUCCGGAACUGCUCUGGCUGAAUAUUUGCAGAUU